ACAGUGAUUCCUGGAGGUUGUGUCCUGAAGGUUUAUUCCCUCCUCUCUCUCUCUCUCUCAGUUCUGCGCCGCUGCUGCGUCUGUGCGCUCCGCUCCGUCUCUGCCUCUUCAGAGGGGGGAGCGCACCUCGUUUGGCUCAGUCGAGUCCCGGCUCUCCUCCUCCGCGCGUAAUGCGGACCUUCCUCGUGCACACCGGACACCGGAGAGACACCCGACAACGUUCACAUCGGCAAACUGCCAACAAGAGGCUCAGUUCAUGGAUCGUUGCCGGUUGAGGAAAACAUUAGUUAUCAUCGAAAAGUGAUAUUAUCUUUGGGGAGAUUUGUACUUUUCAAAGUGAACAAAGCUUAAAGAUGUUAGUGCACAGUCUGUUCGUCUCCGGGAGCUCGUGGAUGAGGUGGAUGACCACGCUGCUUCUGUUCCUGCAGCUGGCGCUCUGGGAAACGACGGAGGCCAUCCACCCAGACUGUGCCCUGGUGGUUCAGCACAUGAGAGCUCAGGAAGAAUGUAACCAGAUCCUCAAACAGGAGAAGAACAACCACUCCACCAGGACAGGGUGUCCGACAUCUUGGGACGAUAUUCGGUGCUGGCUCCGUGCGGAGGUGGGACAGGUGGUCAGCGUCUCGUGUGCCAAUGUCUCCCAGCUGUUUGCUAAUAACCAAGGUUACAUUUACAGGAACUGCACUGAAAAUGGAUGGUCCGAGGUUUAUCCGUCCUACGAGAAGGCCUGUGAGUUUGCAGAGGAUGAAGAGACAGAACCGGAGACAACAUACUUCUCCAACUUCAAACAGGUGUACACUGCCGGCUACGCUACCUCCCUCAUCUCCCUUAUAUCGGCUAUUUUUGUCUUCACUGUGUUCAGGAAGUUUCACUGCACCAGGAACUACAUCCACAUCAACCUCUUCUUCUCCUUCAUCCUGAGAGCGAGCGCCGUCUUCAUUAAAGAUGGCGUUCUUUUCUCUGAUGAAAACCUGGACCACUGCUUCAUGUCCACUACGUCCUGUAAAUCAGCCGUGGCCUUCUUCCAGUUCAGCAUCCUCGCCAACUACUUCUGGCUUCUGGUGGAGGGCAUGUACCUGCAGACGCUGCUCGCUCUCACCUUUGUCUUCCAGAAGAAAUACUUCUGGUGGUACAUACUCAUCGGCUGGGGUCUCCCAACGACAAUCAUAACAGCGUGGAUCCUCACUCGAAACUUCUACGAUGACAGGGGGUGCUGGGAUGACACAGAUGUGGCCUUCAUCUGGUGGAUCAUAAAAGCUCCGAUAACUGCGUCACUACUGGUGAACUUCAUUAUCUUCAUCAACGUGAUCCGGAUCCUGGUCCAGAAGCUGAGGUCUCCCGGUGUUGGAGGCAAUGACACCAGUCACUUCAAGAGACUGGCCAAAUCCACUUUGCUCCUCAUCCCUCUGUUCGGGAUGCACUACAUGGUGUUUGCCUUCCUGCCAGAAAACACGGGGGCUGAGGCCCGACUCUUCAUAGAGCUCGGUCUGGGAUCCUUCCAGGGAUUUGGUGUGGCACUGCUCUACUGUUUCCUCAAUGGUGAGGUGCAGGCAGAGUUAAAGAAGAGGUUUUGGAAGUGGCAGAGUCAGAACUACCUGAGCUACAGUAAACGGCGGCGUACGCUGUUCACUGAAAGCAGCACAGUCACUCAGAUAUCUGUUCUGGACAAAUCCAGCCCCAAAGAUCAGCCGGGCUCAGAGACACACGCCCUCGCACACACCGUCACGCCCAACAACGUCUCCACUGUCUGAGGCACGGUCGACAGCGGCGGCGUUCGUGUCCUGUGUUUCAGUGUCUGUUUUGUGUUUGGGCGACGUCCUGAGUAAAAGACUAAACCACAUGUUGAAUGUUUAAGGUACCUCUUAUCUUUGUGAGGUACAGAUUCUUUUUUUCUCUACACUCUCACUCACUAAACUCACCCAUGACACUGAUUGUUCUCUCACUUCCAGGUAAAAUAAUUCUCCCCCUUUACAGAAUCACUGAUAUCACAGUUCGUAUAUGGCUUUAAAACACUCUUUUUAUUUUGAAGAAAGAACAGAUAGUCAACAGGAUUUAAUAUAAAGUGAGACACUGCUAAUUCCUUGUGUAUUCCUCUGAGUCUCUCUGGCUCAGUCUUGGCUGCUUUCGUGUUUGUGCUGCUCAUAAAAGGAAAUACAUUCAUGAAAAUUGGCACCGCCAAAAUAUAUUUUCUUCUUUUAUGGUGUAAGAUAGUGACAACGCUGAGCAGGAGUAGCAGCAGGAACGAUUUAUUGAGCUGUCUCCAUAAUUUUCAAAGAAAUUUUACAUAGACUUUUUUUUUAUUUUUGCAGAUUUUGCCUUGUGCUACCUGCCAACAACAACAACAACAACAACAACAGCCCCCCCAUAACGCCACCUCCCACUGUGCAGAUGCUCAGACCAACCAGAACAUUUAUUACUUUUUAUGAGCAGUCAGUACAAAGUCAGUCUUAUAUAUCCACAGCUAAUUAAGAUCAUCAAUCAGGUAACCCAGUUUUAAUAAACUCUACCACCAGUCCUGCAUUAAUGCUUCAAAAUGACAAGCCCCUGAUGCUCCCCGCAGAAAAGCUCAGAGAGGUGUCCGUGCUCUGCUGCAUCAGCCAAACCAACCACUUAGCUCUCAUCCUGGAAAUCUUCUCUCUUGUAAAACCAACACAUGGUUUCAGAAAACACUUCAGAUAAAGAGAAAAUCUCACCUUUGUGCAGCGUGUUCCACUUUGUUUUUAAGUGUGGCAUGGAUUCAUUGCUGCCUCUUGUGGCCAAAGGGAGUAAGACGGUUGGUUUGGCAAAGACAUGUCUAGUUGACAUCCCUACUUUCUAGGUGAGUUUUCAAGUAUACGGGAAUAUCUCCCAGACAAUGCAUGAAAGAAAAGCUUAGUGCCCCUUAACUUUGCAGAUCUGUAUUUAUUUUUGAAUACUUUCACCUUAUGUAUCAGUGCCAUCCAUUAGUGUUUGGCCUUUGCUCACGGUGACGUCUUUCCUGUUGCUGUUACUGAUUCAGUGCCACUUGGUCUCUUAAAUGUUUGGUACUGGGCAUUUCACGAUCACAUGUCACAGAGAUACUUCUUAUAAAAUCACACUUUUAAACUGUCCAUGCCCAUGUUACCAUCAGUGGCUCUGCAUGCAACAUGUUGCACAGUGCACUAGCGCACAUCUGGAGCACUAGACUGUAAAAGCUAUUUAUUUGUCAGAUUCUUGUUUUUAUGUCUUUGUGUGAAUGUAAAUAUACCUGAACUAGUUUACACGUAUUUUAUGACAAAGUUGCAGUUUGUCCAACAGAUUUAUAUAACUAUCAGAUUGUUAUUGUAAAAAUAAAAGUCAUGAAUAGUAGAUAAAAGGGAUUUAACAGGUUACUUUAAAAUAGAUAAGUUAGUAUUAUAUUUAUCAGAUUUUUUUGUAUCAUAAAUGUAACUUAGUUUUAUUCUUUUAUGCUAUAAUAUUGCAAAAUGUGGAGAAAUUAAACUGUACAUGUCCCUAUUUGUUAGCAUAGGUUUAGUGAAGCCUGGUUACUGAUUGCUGUGCUAAUGCUAAUGCUAAUGCUAAUUCAGAGCAUGUUUUCUCUGAGGAAUAAUUUUGGGAAAGUAGAAGAACUGUUUUCGUCGAGUUUUGUGUUUUACCUUGAUGAGCAUUUAGCAGGUGUGUAUAGUAAAUACUGUACAGUACUAUCCAUAGAAGGGAAAAUGACAUUACUCAGCUACUGACCACUACAGUGCCUUUAUCAUACAGUAUAACUCACUGUCUCUCUGCAGUUCAGGUGAACCUACAUGUUUAAGAUUGUGAUAUUCUACCUUGUGCUUGAGUCUUUACUGAGCAGCGAAAACAUAUUGCUUCUGUGUCGUGUAAGAUUCAAGACGUGACGAGACGUUUGUGCUUAAAUGCUUAAAUUGUUAAAUUUUGCAUCGAGGAAGAUGAUUGGACUUUGCUGUUUCUAUUUACAGUUUUAUUGUGGAAAAUGAACAUGUUAUUUCUCUAUAUUUUUCUUACUUGAAAACGUGACCGUGAAUGUUUCUCUUACAGGUUCCAGUUUACGACAUGAAUGCAGGUCUCUGGUUCGGUGUUUUCUUAUUUAUUUAUAGAGGGCGAACAUUAAAGGUUAAGACUGAUGAUCGUCUUUAUUUUUCUUAUUGUAAACAUCCCAUGAAAAGACCAAAACCAACAAUGUGUUCUGACAGUCUGUUUCUCAAUACCCUCUAUGUUCCCUACGCCAUCUGUGGCACUCUGCCCAUUGUUUCCUACUGAAGAUAUAAAUCUUUAAAAAUGACCCACAAACAUAUGGUUUCAUUUUAAAAACAAGCUAAGUCAUUUCCUUCUACGGCUGCAUUCAUCAAAGAGACAGAAAUUGUGUCUUUGUCGUGGUCUAUUUUCAGCCGAUUGAGCAAAUUUCACAUAAUUUUGUCAACAACUAUUAGACACACUGAGUCAUGGGGUGAUAUGUGUUCAUUACCAUGAACACACACACACACAGACACACACACACUGCAGGUUAUCAGUCCCACAUAGACCGCCAAAUGUGGAUUCAUCUGCUGCUGAAAAUAGUCCCCAAUAAUGCACGUUCUUCACGUUUAUUAAAAACUACUGUGUCCAGCUGUUUUAGGAAAUUACUGAUUCUCUUUUGAAAAUUAAACUCGAACCAAGUAUCACGUUAGAAAACGUUUGAUGGAAACACAGAAAUUCUAAAACUUUCUCAAUUGCGCAAAAAAGUUAGAACUCUCCCAUGAGGAGAUUUUUGCCUUUUUUGAAAGAGUUAAAACUUUUCCACUUUUCCUUGGAAACUUUUCCAAGUUCUAAAGAAGAAAACUUUUAACUCACGGGACCGAUCAAGUGUUUCGCUUCUAGAAAAAAGGAAGACACAGCGACUGGUUUUGUUUCUUCUGCUACUUCCUCAUGUUUUUGGGUGGUCCACAAACUUGUUCACGGUUCACGACCUUUUCUUCUUCUACUUCUUUGUAACAUAGCCUAUAGCGCCACCUUAUGACAACACUGCGCAGCCUCGAUUGUUCACUCCAAACCAGUCGAUGGUUUUUUUAAAAAUUUCAAAUGCUAGCUGACACUUACACACAACUUAUUUGUGCCCUGCUUUUUAAAGAUUUACAUCUAAGGAGAAGAAGUACCAAAUGGCGCUGAGUGCUGCAGACAUGGAAAGGGAAACUAUGAAGUACUGAGAGGAAAAACUAAUGUUGUUUUUGGUCUUUUCAUGUGUCUGGUUGACAGUGAGAAAAAUAUGGAAAAAGACCAGCCUUAUAAAAGACUUCUAAAUGAUUACGACAUUAACACACAACAGCGUCGAGCCAACAAGUUAGAAACAUUUAUUGUCGAUACUUCCAUAAUGUACAAAAAACCCUUUUAAUGUGCAAACAAAAACAAAAUAAAAUGGUGCACUGUGCAGUGAGAGAUCAAAUGAAAAAAGAAAGAAGAGCUCAUGAGCAGACAGAGCGCACAGCAGAGUGUGUUAAGUUACUUUUACAUUCAGCCAUCAGUACUUCUAACUGAUUCAAACAGGCAAUCAGCACAACGAAGCAAUUCAAUAAAGGUAACAACCAUCAAAAAGCGAAAAAGAAAAACAUUUCAAAUUAAUUUUCAUGUCAUGCUAUGCAGUAAAAACAAUAGGGACAAAAAAAAGAGUACAGCAGUUUUUAUGGCACUUUUCUUUUCCUCCUGUCUGGUAAGAUUAACAUUCAAAGGAAAAGUAUUUGAUGGGUCCUGCUGGGACUAGAGCUACAGAUAAAUCGUUCACAGUUGAAACCCAAUGUCUGCGUUCUAGCUUAUUAAUUGCCUCAUCCACUUGUUACAACGGAUUCAAAAAACCAAAAACAAAACAAGGACGCAGCUCAGAUUCCCUUAAUGGCCUGAAAGCUCGACCCUCCCUUGUGAUUACAUCUGCUGGUCAAAUGAGAUCAAAACAAUUGAACACGCAUGCAUCAGCCUAUUAGAGAGUACAGAGGCAUUACAGGAGGCUUUAUACUUGUAGCAAACACGACCACCAUUUAGAAAAAAUAUAUAAUAAUAAUAAAAAUAUGAGAACAAUCACAGCGCAAACUUUUUUUGUUUUUUUUUUUAAAUGACAGCUAUUCACUUUGAACCACAGAAAACUCCAUUUACAAGGUACAACGUUGGCAACUUGUUUCUGUCUCGCACAUUUAAACUGCAGUUUAUUUAGUCACAAAGGUUGGCUACAGACCUUUCAAACACUUCAACUAACUACUUCAUAGUUCAAAACAACAGGUUCAAAUGAAUAUUUAUUCUUAUAAUAGUAGCAACAUCUUUGUCUGACAUCAACAUAGUACUGGCAAUAUAAGGCUCCAACUCCCAUAUUAACACUGAAGGAAAUCAUUUAUAAAUACACCAACAGAAUCAAGGCUCUUGACCCGAUGAGAUUGUCUUAAAUGUUUAUAAUGAACUCGACUGAACAUUCAAAUGAACCAGAGCAGAGGUGGUGAUUGUCCAGCCCUUUCCCCCAAACAUCAGAAGAUGAGACGGGGCCCCCUUAUGGCUGCUGUUGGACCUGCACUGUUAUUAUUGCAGGUCAGACUGAAUAGACACAGCAGAACAACAGGACAGUACAGUUUCCGGUCAGCCCUUCUUUUCUCUCUCUAUGCCCUUGCCUGGUCUGGACUCACUGAAAGAGUGGUUCUGGAUAUUUGCAGGUUAAAAGACGUUGAUACAUUUGGGUUAAACUGGACCAAACUUGAUUGAAUAAUGAGAGUUUUUUAAAGGUCUAGGUUAUUUUAUUUUCUUAGUUAAUUAUUAAAUUAUUUGGUCUAUAAGACAACAGAAAACUGUGAAAAAUACCAUCACAAUUGUCUUAUCUGACCAAGUCCAAAAUCCAUAUUCAGAUACUCAGUUUACUAUAAUGUUGAGAUAAGGAAAACAAGCAGUUAAGAAGCUGGAACUAUCAAAUGUAAUAAUAAUCAUAUGAAAAUUACACUGACUUUAUUGUCAGUUUUAGGUGGGUUUUGCUGGGGUCUUGUGAUUUUAGCAUCUCUAAAGUCUGGGUCAUGAUUAUGGAGCACUGAAACUGACAGAAUGUUUGAAACAGUUACCACACACGUCAAUAAAAACCAUUGUUAAAUAAUUAGAAUGGAGCAUAGAAACCAACCACUGGAUAAAAGAACAAUCCAUUUUAUUCUUGUAUAAUAAAUUAAUAUCAUUAUUAUUUUAAGACAUCUUGUCAGUUUCAGGACUCUGUACUUUGACGUCUUUUUGCCUGCAAAUCACCAAAGCAAUAUUAACUGUGUGACUUCAAACAGCUAAUGAGGAGAAAAAACGAACAUUUAAUUACAAUAGAAUACAGAACUGAGUAGAUGUGCUUUUCUAUUAUUAUCAUGAAUAAUGUGUUUAUAAUAAAGAAAUCGUAAAUAUACGUUUAACAGAGAAUUCACUUGUUUUUGGAGUUUUGCGGAUCCAGUUUCAGACAUUUGCUGUUGGACCAAAUUAUUUCUGUGUAUUGGACAUUUAGCAUACAGCCCCUUUGAAGUAGAAAACGGUUUCAUUUUUUGUAUAACAUUAAAAAAAAUGUGUGGUUCAGGUUAAUGAGACUUUUUCAGUCCAGUGAUUUCCCUUUUUCAUGUAGAGAAAAUAAAGAAUGUGUCUGUAAAAAAAAAAAAAAAAAAAAAACAUAUUUCUCAUUGUAUGCAUGUGAUAUACUGUGCUGUACAUCGACGUACUGAGUUAAUAUAUGUAGCACUGUUUUAUUAAAAACACUAAUCGGUCGUAUGUUCUGCUCGUCUUCCACAAAGACGAGUUAAAGUACUUUGAAGGCCUCCAGGUUUAAAAUACUGAUUUAGUCUUAAGCAUCGUAAAAGCACUUUGUUAAACCCUUUUUCUUGACUUUGCAGUUUCGUUUUUGAAAUGAAAAGACAAAUUUUCUUUUUUUUUUUUAAAUCAUCAACAGAAGUCAAAAUACUUGUUUUGUGCUUAAAGGCACUUUUGGAGACACAAAGUAGAGUCAAACGUUUUCAGGGAUUCAGAGGAUAGUUGAGUCGGACCAAAGGAAAAAUCUGCAGUGACAUCAGUUUGCAAAGCUCACCCAGCCUUUGCAAAAAGAUAUGGCCGUGCAAAGAAAAAAAAACUCAGCGAGGAGUCGAUUAAUUUGUCUUUGGAAUGAGAGAAGUUAAAAGUCA